GUUGAUUGCGAUGGAGUUCUACCCUGCGUACGCCGCGUCCGACAAGGAAGGCUACGUGGAAGCGUUCAAGCGCGAUGGUUUUGUCGUGAUAGACAACGUGCUGACAGGCGCCGAGUGCGAAGCUUCCUGUGGGGAGAUCUGGGAUUACUUGGAACACAAUGGGAGAGUCAAGCGAGACGACGCGACGACAUGGGGCAACGACGCUUGGCCGCGUGAAGUGUGUCGGAACGGCGGAUUUGUCGGGCGCUUUCCGUAUUGGAAACGCAUGAAGAAAUUGGAUCCAACGUUCUUGAACAAGCAACCCCAGUCGUGGCGCAACCGACAGAACAAAGUCAUCUACGAAGUGUUUUCCACUCUCCUCGAGGCUGAGCAGUUGUGGGUUAGCAUCGACAGAUAUGGCGUCAUGCGCCCAGGUAAAGUUGCCCAUGAAUUGCUUCAAGGUGUCGACGACGAAGCGAAUUUGAACUGGACAACCAAACACGACUGGCUGCACUGGGACCUGAGCCCAUUUCAUUUUGGUACAUCCGCCGCGGGCUUCCUACCCAACGACAUUCUUCAGCCAAAUAAAGUCCACGAACAUUAUGGUGGGGUUCGCGUGCAAGGGCUGAUUGCACUUUGCACCUGCCCCGUGGAAAGCGGUGGGUUCCAUUGUGUCCCUGGAUUCACGGGCGAUCGGUUCUUCAAUUGGGCCAAGGCGCAUGAAGGCUCGUACGGCGCGCUUCCACAGGUCGCAACUCGGAAUUUUAUCGAGGUGCCUGAGGACGACGAUAUGCGCCGAGAGAUCACCAAGAUCCCGAUGAAAGCUGGGUCGCUGCUAAUUUGGAACAGUCAAUUGCCGCACGGCAACUUCCCCAACGAUGGAUUCAACUUUCGCAUGGUGCAGUACGUCAAGAUGAUCCCCACAGCAGACACCGAAUUUCGUCCAGCCAUGCAAUUAUCCAAGUUUGACCGCGCUGAAUGGUUUCCCUCCGACUUUACUCCGACACCUUUAGGCAACAAACUGUUUGGGCUGGACAAGUGGUGAACGGGCCAUCAACGUCAUGGGUUAAUUGGAAUUGUAUAUCGAGUGGAUCGCUAUCG